AUGAUAAUCAUUGAUGAAGCACAUGAUAAGAGUGUUAAAAACACCGUGUACCAACAUGUUCCUCCAUUAUUGAUAAAAAUGAAUUAUAAAGUCAAAUGGGAAGAUGAAAAACAUCUUAUUUAUUUUGCAACUACAAAAGAUAUUUAUAGAAGAACCAUAACUGGUAAAAUAGAUUACAAUAACAAGAUAUUAAUUUCUGGGUUAAAACCUAAAAAAAGAAAAAUGUUAGAAGAAAGUAGUAUUCCUUUUGUAAUGUUUGAUAAUACUAAUUCUGAUACAAUAAAUUCUAUCAUACAAAAUAUGCCAUCAGGAUCAAUAUUCUUAUUCAAUCUUGAUCAUGAGAUGGGAAUUUCACCUUGGGCAAGAGUUUUAAUUUCAACUGGUAAGACACUUGAAAAACUACUUGGUCAUAGUCAGAGUAAUGUGGAAAAAUGGAGAAGAGCUGAUUUUGUGAUAAGAAACUCAUCAUUGGCUAGCAUGAUACAAAGAAUCGGAAGAGUUGGAUUGCCAAUUGAAGUUGUCAUCAUUGGAACAACCAAAGAUGCAUAUAGAAAAUAUCCUAUUUUUAACAUGAAACCUGAUCCAAAAAAAGAUGCUAGAUUAAUAAGAGAAGAAGAUUUAGUGUAUUUGCAUAAAAAUGAAUUACCUCAACCUCCAACAAUUAAUAAAGAAAAUCAAAAAAAUAUUCAAUUGAUCAUACUAGAAAAUCGAUUAAGUUCAUUGGAUCUAGCGAAACAAAAAAAGAAAGGAGAAUUAAUUCAUGAAGAAAUACCUCCUGAUAAAGUUGAAUUGAUAAAGAAUGAUGUUUGGAGCAUGAUCAAAAAA